AUGAUCGUCCAGGACUGGCUGUGCAACCUGAUGCCCGAAGCCUACGCUCCCACUAUCAACGCACUCGGCGACGACGUCGACAUCGGAAAGUUGGAACAGGUGUUACGCCGUUCGGCCCUUGGUGAUCGCACCCGGCGCGACCAGGCCCAAGCUCUCGUGGCCCAUCUCAAUCCCGCACCUGCGUCUUCGGCACCGCUCGUCAACCGCUUGUUGCAGCGCCGCAACGGCCCAGCCCCGCGCGACCCACCCGUGAAGCGCACCGGCCACACGGGACCGCACCUCGACGCGCACAACCUCCACAACAUCGCCAAGUGGCCACCUGGAGUCUCGAAGAAAGGCCGACUCGGUCUCUUCCCGACUCAAUGUUUUUUGUGUUACAAGGAUGGUCACCUUGCGACCGCUUGCACGGUUCCCGACCACCUCCGCAUCAAGUCGAAGGUCGACACGUUGAAGGAAUAUGGCAUCCCCAUCACGUUGGAGCAAGCUUGCACGCUCGUGCACAACACUCUCAACCAGGAGGAGCACACAAAGGCUUUGGCGGCGCAAGCGCAGUUGCCUCCAUUCGACGACGAUGACGACGAGAUGGUGGAGGCUUCCGCGGCCAGCUGGCACGUGAGGAUUUCGGGCGAGGACACCAAGCAGUGCUUCAACACCGACACGGCAACUCCGUUCCUGCUCGACUCGGGUGCCACGAGGCACAUGACGACGAGGCUUGACCUCCUUCACAACUAUCACCCAUCCCCGACCGAUCGCCGCGUUCGUGUCACCGGCGCAUUUGGUUCCGGAGGCUUCGCGAGCGGCACCGGCUCCCUGCAUUUCCCGACCCUCCGCGACGUCCUUCAUGUCCCUGGCCUCGAAGCGGAGCUUGUUUCUCUUCAUUGCCUCAUCGAGGAUGGUUAUGGCGUCCGUGUCGCAUCGGCACCCAAGGCGCGCAGCCUCAUAGUCUCUCACGGCAACGUCGAAGCCCACUUCCGACUUCGCAACAAGCAAUUCGUUCUCGAGGCAAGUCCCCUCGCACCCACUCCCCUCCGUGAUUCUGCGCUCAAUGUCGCCCUACCUCCCUCCGCAGAUCUGUCACUCUGGCACGGUCGCUUAGGACAUGGUGGGGUGAAUGCAGUGUUGGCAAGCGGGAGAGCGGGGUCGAUUGGGUUGAAUACUGCUGCUGUAACGCCGGAAUCAAUCCAACUUGUCAAAAGCUGUCUUCCCUGUCAUUUGGGAAAAGAUGUUGCGCAACGAUCUCACGCCGUCGCAACGCACCGCGCAACGGCUCCCUUUGGUCGAGUCUUCAUGGACCUUUGGGGCCCCGGUCCGGUCGUUUCCCUCUCGGGUCAUCACUACCUUUGCAGUGGUACGGAUGAGUACUCUCGUUAUCGCUGGCUCCGUGGUAUCACUGCAAAGAGCGACGCGACACGUGCGAUUCGGGACCUUGUCGCGUUCUCAUGCGUGCAGUACCCCGGCUCGUCGUUUCGAACGCUCGUGACCGACCGCGGUGGGGAAUUCGUCAACAAGCAGUUGGACGGCUGGCUUGCGUCACGGGGUGUUGUACAUGAGCUAUCGGCGCCAAACGAACACGGUCAGAUGGGCUUGCAGGAACGUUCCUGGCACUCAAUCUUUGACAAGGUCCGCACCUCUUUGGCCCAAUCCGGCCUGCCACUCUUUCUCUGGGAAGAAGCUGCCCACACCGCCGUGUACACCCUCAACCUGAUGGCAACCUCUGUGCUCGACAACUCAACUCCGGACUUGGUCCUCCACGCCUCCGGCGACCCCGUCGCCGAACAUCGUCGCCCACACGGAUCCCGCCUCCGUGUUUGGGGCUGCUGGGUGCUCGUCCCACUACUACCGGAACAGCGCGGGCACAAGCUCGCGCCCCGGUCUCGUCACUGCUUCUUUGUCGGCUACUCACAAACGUCUAAAGCCUGGCGUUUUUACAACCCCGCUCACCGCAAGGUGUUCGAGUCGUCUCAAGCCACCUUCCUCGAAUGGGAACUCGGCCGGACGCACAACGCGACGGAGAUGCGGACGCUACGACAAUGGACCGGUCUCAUGCACAAUGACGGUUCGUCCAUCGCCGCGGCUCCCGACGAGGACGAGACAAUCCCUGAGGACUUGCCGCCCCUUUUCAGUCCGCCCCAUGUGUCCGUCACCGAACAGCCUGUGCCUCCUGUCAACAGCACAGCACCGCCACCGCAGGGACUCGCCUUCAACAACCCGGGACCAGCCUGGUCAGCUCCGCUUGGCGAUCGAUCAUCUCGUAACCACGGACCUCCGGAGCGCUUGGCGACUUCGCGAUGGCGGCGACAGCCGUCACCAAAUUCGCCGCUGAUGAGGUGCACGCCGUCGAGAUCAUCGACUUCGAAUGGGCCUUCACCACCCGCCCAAGCCCCGACUUAUUGGGAAGCGAUGUCGAGUAAGGACCGGGAAAUGUGGCUCCUGGCGAUCAAGACCGAAAAGGCCGCGCUCGCAGCAAAAGGGACAUUCUCUUCGCCGCUCUUCAAUCUGCCACCCGGCACAUCCAUCAUCAAAAGCAAAUGGGUCCUCGCAAUCAAACGCGACAGCGAAGGCCGCAUUGAGAAGUACAAGGCUUGUCUCGUUGGGAGUGGUACAAGGUCUUCGCGGGCUGGAUUGAGUCAAUCGGUUUUGUCCGCACCGAAAGCGACCACGCUGUAUUUGUCAAGACCGAAGGGGCGCGCAAACUGUUCCUUUCCAUCCAUGUCGACGACGGCCUACUUACCGGUGAUGGCGACCUCGAUGGCUUCAUCCAACAACUCAAAUCUCGUUUCGAGGCGAAAAGCUCCGACGAGGCGACCUUCUUCCUCGGUCAACGCAUUCCCCGGGAUGGCAAGACAGGCGCAGCAAUCGUUCACCAGCCCCACUUCAUCUCAUCAAUCCUGGAAGACCACGACAUGGCGGGAUGCAGCUCGAGGUCGACACCGGUCUCGCUCUACAAGUAACACCCGCGUAAGGACGUCACUUUCAACGCUUCGACAAAGCCGUACCGCACAAUCGUUGGCAAACUUCUCUUUCUCAGCAGAACCACCCGACCCGACAUUGCCUUUGCGGUAUCAAAGGUUGCAUCACAUUGCAACAACUUCUCGCAACAGGAUUGGGAGGCUUUGAUGCACAUCCUCCGAUACCUCAAGGGAACCCGAGACGUCGGACUUCUGUUCCGCAAAUCGGAGGGUGCUCCUCUCCUCAAGGGCUUUGUUGACGCCGAUCACGGAGCGGAUCCGGAGACUCGUCGAAGCGUCACAGGUUUUGUGUUCCUUUGCGCGGGUGGCGCGGUCUUGUGGAUGUCCAAGCGACAGGCGCUCGUCACCGUAUCCAGCACCGAGGCCGAGUACGUUGCUAUGUCGUUUGCUGCGCACGAGGGCAUCUGGCUUCGUCGCCUCCUUGCCGAAAUCGGCUUUGCUCAGACCGAACCGACAAAGCUUCAUGGCGACAACCAGUCGGCAAUUCAGCUCGCCAAACACCCAGCCUUCCAUGCUCAUACUAAGCACAUCAGCAUUCACUUUCACUUCAUCCGAGACCACAUUGCCGAGGGUACGAUCGAGAUGGUCUGGAUUCCCACGAACAUGAUGGCGGCGGAUGUCUUGACCAAAGGGCUCGGGUCGCGGAAGCACUGGGAUUUUGUACACGCGAUGGGUUUGGUAGAUGCAUCGCGUGAAGGGGCGAGUUGGAAGGAGCGGCGAGAGGUCGAGGAGGUCUGUGCGGCGUACGCGCGAGUGCAAGAGUGCCUGAAUAGAAUUUGA